AUGAGUGCUCUUGUAUUCGCUCUACUUUUGACGGCGUGCGUUAACGCUAACUCCCCCCUAGAAAGGAGAUAUGAACCAGUUCAAGAACUGAAGAUGUUCAAAAGAGAAGCUGCCGAUGAAGUUGAACCAAAGGAAGACUCGAUCGAAGAAGUUAAUAUAAAAAGCGGAGUUGCGGAAAACCUGUUCCAGGGAGAUAUCCUCCUAACAAAGGAACAAAAAGAAAAAAUUGCAUUGGAUGUCGAGAAAACUCGUGCAAAAAGGCAAGCCUUCAACGAUAAAGGAACUUGGCCUGCAAGAAAAUGGACAAAUGGAGUCACAUUCAUACUCGCCGGUUAUUUAGACGAGAGAACCAAGACUGUCCUUCAAGAAAGCAGCGAAGCUAUGGAUGGAGGACACGUGCAUCAACAUCACUGA